GUCCCCAUCGCCGGCUGCCGCUUUAAGCCAGGUAGACUCGCACAGGCACAGGCUUGGAACUUCGGGUCCUGCCUCCGCCCCCGCAAGGGGACCCGCGGGUCUCACAUCCCAGUGCUGGUGUCUCCCAGGAGCUACUGGCUGUGGCUUAGGCUGGGCGCCUCCCCAGGCACUGUCACCUGUUUGACAGCCUCGCACUAAUUCAGAGAGCAGCACCAGCCAGGAGCCCUGAGCGAGCACUCCAGUGGAUUAGAACUCGCUUCCUUGCUCCUCCCUGCAGUCCCAUUUAAAGCUAAGUCUGGCUUUAAGAAAAAGCUGAGUGGGCGCAGUGUCUGCAGCGCUUUCUUCUGAAAGAUGAACACCAUUCUGCCUUGCCAAGAUCAGUAUUCUGUAGGAGGCCAGAGUUAUAAUUGCCCGUAUUCCACUACAACGUCAGAAUCCAGUGUUGACGUUUCCAAGGAGACUUGGGUCUCUUUCUGGGCUGCUGGUCUCCUGGACAACGCCGAGUCCCAGCAAGCAGCACAAGCACAGGACUCAUCCUGUGGCUUAAAUUUUCCUGUCCUGGACUCCUGUUCAUGGGAAGAGGCUCAGCUCUCAUCUCAGCUCUACAGAAAUAAGCAGCUCCAGGACACUCUGGUACAGAAGGAGGAAGAACUCGCUAGGCUACACGAAGAGAAUAAUCACCUCAGACAAUACCUGAAUUCUACUUUGGUUAAAUGUCUGGAAGAAAAGGCCAAGAAAUUGCUGUCAUCAGAUGAGUUUUCCAAAGUGUAUGGAAGACUCAGAAAAGAGAAGAGGAAACCCAAAGAACACAGGCAACACCCUGCUGAGAUUCCCCAGUCCAAGACUGCCAAGAGAAACCUCUCCACAGAGUUUUCUAAGUGUGAAGAACAGCCUGGGCCCUGUGUGGACCCCUGGGUUCUUCAAAUCCUUGGGUUGAAAGACCUCAACACCAUUGAUGACACCCUACCAGCUAACUACAGUGCCGUCACCUCUCAUCCCAAAACAUUCCCCAGUACGUCCUCCCAGUUUCUUCAUAAUAGAGCUGGCUAUGCAACUGUCCCCAGAGAUCUAUGCCUUGACUAUGGAGGUGAGAGAACACAUGCCUCGCACACCACCCCCAUGCCCCAGCAAGACUGUCACUGUUUCCCUAGGCUUUCUAGUCCUCCAGUGGGCAUGCAAACUCUUCCUUACCACACUGCAGAUGUGUCACCCAACAAGACAGAGGUGGCCUUCUCCACAUCUCUGAGCCCUCACUGCAAUGUGAAAACUCACUCUUUCCACCAGGGACAAGCCUUUGUGCGUCGAGACCAAGAGGGAGGCUGGAAGUUCACCUGGGUCCCCAAGCAGCCUUAGUGGUCCUUCUUCUAUCAUGGAGUACUGCCAGGACCUCUGUCCACAGAGACCUCUUGCACAUGGACUUGACCAUCCAGAACUCAGCAGCUUUUGCCUGCCUCCUGACACUGCCACUGUUCCUCUAGGUUCCACACUUAAAUUUGCAAGGUGUGAUUUUAAAUAAACCGUGCUGUUAGGUUUCUGCUCUUAUUUUUACUCAUAUCUGACUUGUUUACAUAUCCAUAUCUGCAGCUGGCUUUCCCUCUUUGUUUGAUGCUUUAAAUUACGUUUUCUAAUUACCUAUGUUGCUUUUCACGACUAAAAUGUAAUUUUCUACUGAUAGCCAGUUUAACAGCACAUCAUUUUUGGUCAAAUUAUCAACCUAUUGCUUUUAUUUCCUCUUCUGCUUGUUUUUGUUAUCUGAAAGGUGUUUUUAGAAUGAGCCUCAAUUCUGUUUAAACAUAUUUGCUAGUGAAUGUUCACAGAUUAUGGGACCUGUUCAUUGAUACUACUGAAACCAUAGUGUCAAUAUUAUAUCCAGGGAUGAUCAAAUAAUUAAGCAUCCAUGGUGAUGUUGUCAAAGUGUCUCUUAAGCAAUGCUAAACUCACAAGAAUCAAUACCAAUGACAAAUUAUAGCAUUCAAAAGAACUACAGCUACUUUAACACUUUAUGUGAUCUAUUAAUCUCUUCUGGUACCUGGCAUUGUUUCUUUGAGCAGUAUUGUUCAAACUUCUUUGAGUGACUUUCAUUUAAAAAACAAGACAUCAUCACCAACAGCAAAAACAGUGAGUUUUUCUAAACUACACAGAAUUCUGUCAUUGAAAUUUUGACAUCGUCUUAUCCUUAGUCAUCGUCCAUUCAGCAAUCCCCUCGAAACCUUUAUAGAAUAUUUAGUAUCCAUGUUGAACAAGGCACAGUGGCAUAUGCCCUGAGACCUACACCAGGACACAAGCUAACCUUGAGAAAGCUACCUCAUUUGUAUGAUGGCUUAGUUUUCUCAACCCAAGAAUUCAGAAGCUAGACUAGAUAGUCCACCAACCUUCUGAGUUGAGUGUGGGUUCCAUCAGCCUUAGUCCAACAUGUUAUCGCAACCUAGCCAUCUCUCUACUUUGGAUAAAAGAUGCAGAUUUAUGUAGAAAGAAACAUAUACAAUCAGAACAAGAACAAAUUACUUUCCUCAAUAUAUACUCAAUAUAUAAGUGCUGUUUGGGUCACAAUAUUGUUCACCGUAGGCCAGUUUUGUGUGUUAGUGUAGCCUGGUGAGAGUCUUUUGCCUCUACCAAUAGAGAGAUAUUAAUAUUCAUACUGUGCAUAACUUGAAUGCAAAUACUAACAAGGAUUCAUCCCUUUCUAGAUUAAAGACAUGUUCAGGCAAGUUUGUUUCCUUUCCACCCUAUUCUUCCCAGAAUUAAGCACCUGUCAUAGACACACACCUGUUUUGCCUACAGAGAGCCCAUUGCUAUUUCUCUCACACAUUCUAUCCCAACAAGUCACUUUGCAUAAUCCAUGUCUGAAAUGUGUACUGUCUGUAAUUUUUGUAACAAAGAUGUUUCUUUGUUUUUUGUUUUUUUUUUUGCUUUUGUUCUGUGCCUUAUUUUGAUCAUGAAAUCAAAGAAUCUGUGUUAUAAUUUUUAUUGCUAAUCAAUUUUGUUUAUUAUCCAGCAAAGCACUAGUAUCCGCUGGGGUGUUUUCAUAACAGCAAUGCAACAAUAGAACUUACAAAAGCUUUCUCUUCAAAGGAGUGCCUUUUACAUUCCAGAAUCCAUAUCCCUGAUUGUUGGCAUCAAUCUUAUUUUAGAAUAGCAAACUUAACAUUAGAAUUGAUUGUAUACUCUACCAGGAGUUGAGUAAACAAUGCAAUUAUUUUGGAAGUUGAAUAAAUAGAAAGACAAAAUUAGCUAACAGGUAUUAUGUUGCACUGUUUAAGUGCUCUAUCCUGUGAUGCAUGGAUGAGGAAAUACUCAGGUUCAACACAGUGCAUUUUGUGCACAAAGAACAGCCACAUAUAUGUCACAGCCUUUGAGAUAAUUUCAAUGCAACCAGGUCUCAGCUUGGAGUACAGAAUUUAUAUCCUAUUGUUGACUUGUUUGGACUUAUGAAUGGUGGUAUCGGAGGAAUUGCCACAUUUUUGCAAAUGUAUGUUGACUUAUUUGAGUUAUAUAUAGAACAUAAUUUUUCUGAUAUUUAAGAGACCUGAAAUUUCAUUAUUGAGUGCGUGCUCUGACUUUUCUGGUUUGACUUUGUAUCUUGAGCAAACCAUCUAAUAUUUUACAAGACAAAGUGACAAAACCGUUUUUUUCUGAAUGUGAUGAGCACUUUCAUGUGGUGCAAAUGAUUUCCAACAGUAGAUAUUUAUCCCCCUGGGUUGGAACCAGAAUUCUCUUUAUUUGCACUAAUUUUGUAAUAUACUUAUAGCUGGAUUAGUAUUACUGUAAUUUAGUGUAAUUGAUUGCUUCCUUUUUUCAGGUAUAUAAAUGAGACUAUUGAAUAAUCUCUGUUCAAAAGGAUCAAAUAUGGAAACAACAGUCUUGAACCUAACUUUACAUGACAAUUUGAAUCUAAUGUUGAUUUUUAAUUAUAUUUGAAGAUUUUCUCUUUAAUUAUAUUAACUAUCUGAAAAUUUUAUAUAAUGUAUUUUGAUCAUAUUCACCAACACCCCCAACUCCUCCCAUAUCAACCCUCUUUCCUCUCAACCCCUAUCCACACAACUUUUCUCGUUUUGAUUAUUUAUGAACAAACCUAAUAGAUUUAGUUCUUAAAAUACAAAUAUAUGGCAUAGUUAUGUUUUUAAGUAUGCUUUAAAUCUGCAUUUUGUUAGAUGAACAUAAGCAUUUAGUUUUAAUUCUUACACAGAAUAUCAACAAAUGUCA